GCUACCUAUGAAAACAUCAAGCACGCCAGUAACAUUAAUGUCAGCAAGGCCUAACGUCCCAAUAAACGAUGUUAUACAAGGAACAAGGUGGUCACGAUGAAGAAAGCAACAAUGCUUAGUUAUUUUACACAGGAUUCGGAUGUUGCACCCGCGUAUUCAUCUGAUAAGGAAUCGAUUGUUGGAGUCGCUAGAAUAGAGAGCACAGCCGUCAAACGAAUGCUGAGCGAUACUCAUGGUAAGCGAAGUGAUACUACUGAUGACGAAGUUAUGGACAACUUGGACAUCUUAUUUUCGGAACCACACACGACUACGAUUAUUUCGGAUAUUACAAAAAAUCUUCCAAACAAACCGGCUCAAGAAACUCUUAGGAACAAGGUGGUCACGAUGAAGAAAGCAACAAUGCUUAGUUAUUUUACACAGGAUUCGGAUGUUGUACUCGCGUAUUCAUAUGAUAAGGAAUCGAUUGUUGGAGUCGCUAGAAUAGAGAGCACAGCCGUCAAACGAAUGUUGAGCGAUACUCAUGGUAAACGAAGUGAUACUACUGAUGAGGAAGUUAUGGACAACUUGGACAUCUUAUCUUCGGAACCACACACGACUACGAUUGUUUCGGAUAUUACAAAAAAUGUUCCAAACAAACCGGCUCAAGAAACUUUUAGAAUAAAUGGUCUUACUGAAGCAAACGACAUUGGUAUAGUCAAAGAUGAUGUUGACGAAGAAAUAAACAAACUACGGAAAGAAUUGAAAGAAGAUGAAAAAUGUUUAAAGAUUAAAAGAGACAGUGCCAAGCGUGCAAAAAAAAUUCUAGCCAAAGAAAAACUAGAGAAAUCUGAACAAUCCUGCAGCACAGUUCGAAGCAGCACGUAUCUCCAUUUACUCCUACGCGUUUCUAACACUCAAGAGGGGAGGAAGCGUGUACGCACCGUACCGUUGAAGUUACCAAGACCACAGACCGAGACCGACACUUCUUUACAAUCCGAUCUCAGGAACAGAAUAUGUGCAACCUGUGGGAUUUAUUUCACAUCCCAAAAGAGUGUGCAAACACACAGUCGUUACGUGCAUGGCAAGACUACCCAAAACCCUCGUGAAAGUAGAGUACGGUCACAGCGACUUGCUGCCAGAAGGGCAAAUGAGCUGCUCUACAUUGUGCGCCAUAGUGAAGCAUUGUCUGAGGAUGCCGAUUGGCUCGAUGUAGACGAAGUUGAUGCAAGUUGUUUAACAAUACCGGAAACUUCUUCGUCUGCUCUCCGAAUACCAGUAAUGAAAGAGUCUGAGUGGCUGGCAAACCCGUGA